UACCUGAGUCCUCAGAUAGUCAGUCCUGGCUGCGGGCCUCGUCACACACGAUCACUCUCAUCAUCAGAGCUCGUUGCAUCCCUUCUUCUUCGUCUUCAGCCCCACUCACUUGGUCGUCACCUUUCCUUGGUCUUCUCGUAAUAUAAUCUUUUCAGCUCGGCUCAGCCACUUCUCACUUCACAUCCACCUUCACUCCUGUCCACUUCUUGGCUUGGUUGGUGAAGUAGACGUUGUGGUUGUCUCACAUUGUGUCGUGGUUCUCUCUUCUCCGGUCACCCCACUAAAGCAGCCAGUGUUCCCUGUCUCCUCCUCCCCCACACACAAGCACGACACGAGUCCACUGCGGAGAUUGAUUUUCAAAAACUUCUGAGACUGACUAAUUGUUAAGCCGUGAUAAUUAAACGACACAAGAUGCUCAUCUUCUCCAAAGCGGUGAGUUUGCUGAUGGGGAGUGAAUUGUGCUGGACACUCGUCAGCUUCCUCCUCGUCCUCGCCCUCGUCAGAGUCGUCCAACUCGUGCUCUACCUGAGAAAACUGCCCCCCGGUCCUUGGGGCGUCCCCUUCCUCGGAUUUCUACCCUUCCUCAACGGCAUCCCACACCUCCAAUUCAACGACAUGAGCAAAAAGUACGGCUCGACCUUCUCCGCCAGACUGGGCAACCAAUUGCUCGUCGUCCUCUCGGACUACAAGAGUAUACGGAAGGCCUUUCGCAAGGAAGCCUUUUCCGGAAGGCCGGAAAACGAGAUCUCUGCCAUCAUUGAGGGAUACGGCGUGGUGAAUGUGGACGGCAAGUUGUGGAAAGAACAGAGAAAGUUUUUACACGAGCAGCUUCGUCGCUUCGGAAUGAAACAGGUGGGAGCUGGAAAGGAGCAGUUGGAAGCCAGAAUUAUGAAUGAGGUGUCCCACUUUUUGGCUCAACUAUCCGAGGAACCGGUCGGAUCUCCGCUAAGUCUGAACAAUGCUCUGACGCUGUCCUUCUCCAACAUGAUCUGCUCCCUCCUCAUGAGCGUCCGCUUUUCCAGAAACGAUCCCCGCUUCAAACGCUUCAUGGGGCUCAUUGAAGAAGGCUUUCAACUCUGCACGUCCACCGGAGCUUCUAAUUUCAUCCCUUGUCUUCGUCACCUUCCUCGACUCCAGGCUCUCAACGUCAAAAUACAAGCUAAUCGGGACGAAAUGUCCGAGUUUUUCCGAGAUAUUGUGGAGCAGCAUAAGGAGACUUUUGACCCGUCCGACAUCCGGGACGUGGUGGACACUUACCUGCUCGAGAUUGAGAUUGCCAAGCAGGAGGGCAGAGAUAUGGAGCUGUUCCAUGGAAAAGACGCUGAUCGUCAAAUCUAUCAAAUUUUGGGAGACUUGUACUCGGCUGGAAUGGAGACGACGAAAACCACGAUGAACUGGGCCGUGUUGUACAUGCUCCACUAUCCCGACAUCCUAAAGAAGGUCCAGAAUGAGUUGGAUGAGGUUGUGGGUCGCAACCGUCUCCCAUCUUUAGAAGAUCUCGCAAACCUGCCCUACACGGAGGCCACCCUGCUCGAAGUGUUUCGCCGUGCUUGCAUCGUUCCUUUGGGGACUACACAUUCCACAACGACUGACGUGAUGCUGGACGGCUUCCUCAUACCAAAGAACUCCCAAGUGAUCCCACUCAUCUACGCCGUGCACAUGGACCCCACGCUCUGGUCUGAGCCAGAAAAGUUUGACCCCACGCGAUUCCUCAACGCCAAAGGUCGCGUUGUGAAGCCCGAGUUUUACAUCCGCACGGGACGCCGCAUGUGUCUCGGUGACGUGUUGGCUCGUCACCAGCUCUUCCUCUUCUUCACCUCUCUCCUCCACGUCUUCGACAUUGAGCCCGUGCAAGGGGCAACUCUCCCUGAUCUCGUGGGCAAGAGUGCAGUCACCAUCAUUCCCGAUGAGUACGAGCUUUGCAUGAAGCCAAGGAACCUCGAGUUGCUCAACAACUCUGUCAAAUGUGAUCAGUCCAAUAAUGCAGCCCCAAAUGUGGCCAACUCCGAGAAGAGGAACAUUGGUCAACACUGAAGCAGCAGGGGAACAAAGAUAUGUGACGAGAUGAUGACGACUGACUCGGUCCGUCUGGUCGGAAUCUUAUUCACUCCUCAAAUCCAAUAUCGAUGAUCAAUCAAUCAAUCAAUUAUAUUCACCAGUUCGUUGCGCCAGUGCCAUUUUAUGUAUUACCUCAACAACUACUCAGCUCAGGUCAUGCCCACCUAUGUAUCCACCAGUACCAAGGCCACGGCCCCCCUUCCCCCCCACCCCUCGUGGUUUACUGGUUUGGUUGUAUCACCAUCUUCAUAAAUAUUAUGAUCAAGUGAUUCGUGGUGUCACCUCCCACAUUUACCACAAACUAAACCCCUUCAAUGUUUGCUAUAUUAUGUUUGCAACUAUUUAUCGCAUUGAUGCAGGGAUUCUUGUUUUUUGGCGACUUUAUUGACCCACCGACUUUUUAAAACAAAAAAACUAUAUAAAUGUACACACACACAAGCACACACACCGACUCGAGUCAGUUCACCAACCAACCAUCCUGUAAUUGUCCCUUUAGUGAUUGAUAUGCCCUGUGCAAAUUGCUCACAGCACUCAAAUACGCAAAAUGCAUACCUGUAUGCGUAUGUAUGUACGUGUAUGACGACGACCCUGGGAAAAAUUCGGCCAGGGUUCGGUUAUGAAUGCAUUUAUUUACACAACACAUUUACACAAUAUCUUAAAAGUUAGGAUGACAAUAUCGACGAUAAAGCUCAUCCGCAGUCAGGUUUAUUUUUUGAUCCCACCGAGUUACCGAAUAUACCUUUAAAUAGCCUAGAAUUGAAUUAAGUGUCACAGCAGCCACGUGACAUUUUAAUUUCACCCUUAUCUCAGCUCUACAUAAGUAUAAGGCACACGUUAAUUAAUGCGUGUAAUUAUAAUUACUCAGGUGACUUUGACAGUUUCACAGGCAAAACUUACCCGAAAAAGGGACAAGCUGAGAUUGGUUGGUGUUCCUUAUCAAUGUUUUUAUAUUACCACUUUUUUGCACGUAGGCUAGAAAAUUAUAUAAUAGUUUUUUUUUUAGAUAUCUAUAAUAAGUAAUAGUGUAAUAGUCUUGUAAGUAUUUAUUGCCCUAGAGCUUAGUUAAUUAUAAUUAUCCUUUUAAUUAUUACUUAGAGAUUUAAAAUAAAUAUGACCAAACGACUAUUCGUGUUGGUCAAAUGUGUCAAUUGAGAAAGCGAGAAAGUAAGACUUUCACUCAAAACAUGUCAAAGUGUUGGGAUUUUGCAUUCUGGUGAAUUCUGCUUUCUAGUCACGACGACGACGAUAUUCACUGGAUACACUUUCUCCUAAUGCUAAUCCAUAAAUAAAAUUUGCAAAAGAAAAAAGAGAUGAAAUUAUUUGUCCAAAAAAAUUGCAGUUUUAAAUUUUGAGUUAUGAAUGUAUAUUUACGUAGUCCUAAAUUUUAUCAUUACCCUCUGUCACUUGUCUAAAACUCGUUCUCAUGAUGACCAUGAGUACUUGUGUAAUGUAAAAAAACUACAAUGAUUGCGAUUAAUAUUUUAAUUGGUUUAAUUAUGAACCACUUUGAACCACUGUAAUCGUUUUUAGUAAAUGUUCUUAGUAAAUUAUUCAUACAUACAUUUCGUUGUAAACUACUUGCUUAUGUUGAAAAAUAUAUUUUAAAAAAAUGA